UUAUUAUUCUGGCGGCUGGCCACAUUACUUUUUAGUACUAUAGUUACGCCAUACGCCAUAUUAUUUAACAAAUGUUUUUGUAGCGUGGUUUGUCUCACUUAAUUUCAGUAUUUUUAUUCACCACCACUUAAAGCGUCAGUUCGCCUUAUUGUCUUUACUUUUACUCUUUAUUUGUGCAAACCUUUAUUACACACAUACUUUUUGAACAUGGAUGUUAGCCUAGACGAACUCAUUAAAAAUAAAAGGUCCUCAUCCCGCGGUGGUGGCCGUCGUGGUGGCGGUAGACAAGGUCCAAGAGGUGGUAAUGCCAAACGAGGUGGCGGAUCCAAUUUUCGAUCGAACGGUGCCGGAAGUGGUGGCGGUGGCGGCCCUAUGCGUAGAGGCAGGCCGGCGGCAAGGCGUUCCAACGGAUUUUCACCAUACACAAAGGGUGAUGUAAAUUCAUCUUGGACUCAUGACAUGUAUGAUGGACCUAAGAGACAAAAUAUUAGAGGUGGACUUUCAACUACUAAUAUACACAAAAUUGUUAUUUCAAACUUGGACUUUGGAGUUACUUCUACAGACAUACAGGAAUUAUUUGAUGAGUUUGGACCAUUAAAAACAGCAACAGUACAUUAUGACAGAUCUGGACGGUCUUUAGGAACAGCUGAUGUUGUUUUUGACAGUAAAAAUGCAGCGUUGAAAGCAGUUCGACAAUACAACAAUGUUCCUCUUGAUGGUCGUCCUAUGAAAAUUGAACUAGCUACUGAUUUAUCAACAGUUGCCAAUCUUGCUACCCGUCUAAGUAGGCCAGCAACUUUACCUACUCGUGGUAGCCGUGGAGGUGUUCGUGCUAAUCGUGGUGGUGUUCGAGGAGGAGGACGUAACAGUAUUCGUGGUAACUCUAGAGGUCGUGGCGCAGCCAGAGGAGGCGGUAGAGGAGCCGAGAAAAAGAUGCCUAAUAAAGAUGAAUUGGAUGCACAACUUGACAGUUUCAUAAAAAGCAAAAAUAAUUGAUUAUGAAUAUUAACUGUACCAUAGUUUUGUCUAUUUAAUUUCUAUUUUAAGUUAACUAGAUUUUGAACGAUUAAAAAAACGAGUUGAACGUUAUUAGUACUAAUACUAAUAUUAUUUUCUUAAUAUUGUGAUUAGGAAAUGGAACCUAUAAUUAUACACUUUUAUAAUCUAACUAAUUUUCAUUUAUAUAACUGUUUAUGUACAUUGUCUUAAGGUUUUUAAAUUGGAGUAUUAAAUUUAAGACGACCUUAUAUAUAGCAAUAAAAUAAAGUGGUCGUGAAAACCAAAA